GGAUAUUGUUGAAUGAAAAAAAAACAAUUUCAAACUGCGAAAACACGAUAAAUAUGUUCGUCAUCUAUGAGCAACAUCUUGAAUUUAGGCUCUAUUUUUUUUACAAUGCUUUUUACACAAUUUUUUUUUCAUUGUCUUUUGUGAUCAAUGGAGCUGCGGCGAAAAUUAUUUGAUGAUUAUAACAUAACACGACCAUUCAUGACCAUUAAUUAUCACCAUCAUCGUCAUCAUAAUCAUCAUCAUCUGUCUUAUGUAUCUUGAAUCAUUAUUUGUUUCUACAGCUGUAAGGAUUUUAUUCGUUUUGAUUAAAUAUAUUUCCAACACUAAAUCGAAUAAUCGAACAAAAUGUCAACAUCAUCAAUAUUGUUGAAUAGUGAACAAAUUCUUCAAUUAACAUUUGGUGAUAAAGAUAUAGUUCGACGAAUUAAAUCAUCAAAUAUAUUAUUAGUUGGUGCCGGUGGUAUUGGUUGUGAAGUAUUAAAAGGUCUUAUAUUAAGUGGAUUUCCACGUAUUACAAUUAUUGAUUUAGAUACAAUUGAUGUAUCGAAUUUGAAUCGACAAUUUCUGUAUAAUAAAACACAUGUUGGUAAAUCUAAAGCAGUUGUUGCAGCUGAAAUUUCUAUCGAACGUUUUGCACAUCAUGAUCCAUUGACCAAAAAACCAUUAUCGAUAAUUGAACCAAUUCAUGAUUCAAUAUUGAAUCUUAAAUAUGAUCGACAAUUUUAUCAACAAUUCACAUUCAUUAUAAAUGCAUUGGAUAAUAAUACAACACGUGUACAUGUGAAUCGUCUUUGUUUAGCUGCCGAUCGUCCAUUAAUUGAAUCUGGUUCGGCUGGUUAUUUUGGCAAUGUUACGUUGAUCAAAGGUGGCGUAACGAAAUGUUUUGAAUGUAUACCGCCAAAAAAAGAUGAAAAUUCCUAUGCAUCAUGUACGAUUCGUAAUACACCAUCAUUACCAAUACAUUGUAUUGUAUGGGCCAAGCAUUUAUUUGCACAAUUAUUUGGACAAAGUGAUGAAGAUAUUAGUCCAGAUGCAACGGUCAUUACAAAUGAUGACGACGAUCAAAAUGAUAAUAAUGAACAACAACAAUUAAACAUGAAUCAUCAAACUACAAGACAAUUUGUUGAAUCCAAUGAUUAUGAUCCAAAAUGUUUAUUUAAUAAAAUCUUUUAUCAUGAUAUUCGUUACCUGAAAGGAAUGAAAAAUUUAUGGGAAAAUCGUAAAAAUCGUCAUGAACCACAAGAAUUGUCAUAUGAUCAAAUUAUUAAUGGAAAGAUUCGUUUUGAAGAUCAACAACAAUUGUCGCAGCAAGAUAAAGAAUCAAAUGGUAAUGGUCAAACGACAUCAUCAUCAUCGAAAAUAAUCAAUGAUCAACGUUUAUGGACAAUGAAUGAAUGUUUAGAUAUAUUUAUUGAAAGUCUUUCAAAGCUAAAAGAUCGGUUAAAACAAUGUAAUGGUGGUGGUGGUGGUGGUGGUUGCCUUGAAUGGGAUAAAGAUGAUGAUAUUGCUGUCGAUUUUGUAACAUCGGUUUCAAAUUUUCGUUGUUAUUGUUUUUAUAUAGCAAGAAAAUCAAAAUUUGAAGUCAAAUCAUUAGCUGGUAAUAUUAUACCGGCUAUAUCGACAACAAAUGCAAUUGUUGGUGGUGGUUAUGUAUUGCUUGAAUCAAUUCGCCUGUUGCAAUCAUUAUUACCGCAAAGAAUUUUCAAAGAAUCAGAAUGGAAACCAACCGAAAUGGAAUUGGCUAAAGAAUCCACUAGUAUUAUGACAAAUUGUUUUUCCGUGUUUAUUUCGAAUAAAAAUCUACCAAAUUUAAGCAAAACAGCUAUUGAAGAAUUAUUACCACCAAUUACCAAUUGUCUGGCUUGUUCUGGAAAAGUUCGUGAAGUAAUCGUAGAAUUAUCAUUUGCAAAAAUUACAUUAGCUGAUUUGAUUGAACAAUUAGUAAUGAAAAAAUUUAAAACCGUUGCCCCGGAUAUUAAUUGUUAUGAUUUAAAGAAAAUGAUCUAUGCUGCUGAUGAUGAAGAUGAAUUGAAAGAAUCAACAUCAUUUUAUCGUUCGACAACAUUGGAAUCAUUAGGAUAUUUUUAUGAUAAUAUUUGUUUGAAUAUUCAAGAUUUAGAACAAGAUUUCCAAGUAAACAUACGGCUACGAAAUGUACAAUUUACAUUGGAUGAAGAAGAACAAUUAAAUGGUGAUUUAUUUCGUGUAUUGUUAGAUGAAAAUGAAUUGAAUAAAAUUCAUCAAGAACAACAGCAACAACAACAAAAAACAGCUGAUAAUAAUCAACAAUUGAUUGAUUAA